CGUGCGUCUCUGGGCUCUGGCAGCAGCAGAACCUGAACCAUAAGAAGAAAUUGCGAUAAGGAAGGAGCCAAAACGCAGCGUUUUGGUGUGCGGUCAUGGAGGAAAUGUACGGAGUGCCGUCGACGGCGGAGUACGCCGACAAGGCCCUCAUGACGCCGGAGAAUCUGAUCUUCCCUGCCGACUACCACAGCUUCCUCAUGUCCGCUUCCUCGUCCUCCUCCGCCUCCGCCGCCGCAGCUACGAUUCCUAUGCUCGGAUCCGACGAGCUUCUCUCUGCCGCUGGAAUUCAACAGCAGCAACCACAGCACAACAACGAGGCCAUGGCAUCGACCAUGAUGAAAGCUAAAAUCGCUUCUCAUCCUCACUACCCUCGCCUCCUGCAAGCCUACAUCGAUUGCCAGAAGGUCGGCGCACCUCCAGAAAUCGCGUGUUUGUUGGAGGAAAUUCGCCGCGAAAACGACCUUUUCAAGAGAGACGACGUCGUUUCCACGUGCUUCGGAGCCGAUCCCGAGCUGGACGNAGUGCAGGAAACGUACUGUGAGUUGCUGGUGAAGUAUAAAUCGGACCUGGCUAGGCCGUUCGAUGAGGCAACGAGCUUCCUUAACAAGAUCGAAAUGCAGUUAAGCAAUCUCUGCUGCAACGGUGCUUCUGUUCCAACUCUUUCUGAUGAUGGAGCUGUGUCUUCAGAGGAAGAUUUUAGUGCUGGAGAUGGUGAUGGAGGUCAAGAUGGUCAAUCAAGGGGUGAAGAUCGUGAGCUUAAGGACAGGCUUCUGCGCAAGUUUGGGAGCCACAUUGGUACUUUGAAAUUGGAGUUCUCAAAGAAGAAAAAGAAGGGUAAGCUGCCUAAGGAAGCAAGGCAAACACUCCUUCAAUGGUGGAAUGUUCACUACAAAUGGCCUUAUCCUACGGAAGCUGACAAGAUUGAACUGGCUAAGUCAACAGGGCUAGAUCAGAAACAAAUUAACAAUUGGUUUAUUAAUCAAAGAAAGCGUCACUGGAAGCCAUCUGAGAAUAUGCAAUUUUCUAUGAUGGAAAAUCUUGGUGGCCGAUUCCUUCCUGAUGAAUGAUUAUUGUAUACAUUAUUCCCGACCCCUCUAAUAUUUGUAUAUCCUGAUUAAUUAAUUACUGCUUAUAAUUUUCUCUUGUAAAUUCCGAAAUUAAAUUAAAGCAGGUUACCGACUGUAAAAAUGCUUAAUUACUCCCAGAAAGAGAAUGGGAAGUGAUCAUAUAUUAAUGAUUAA